AUGGCAGUCGCGUACUGCUGUCUGGCCCUGCCAUCCAGCCAAGUGGUCAUCGACCUUGGUCCCAGCACCUACACCUGCGCCACCUGCAACUGCGCCGGCUCUUGCGAUGCCUGCAAGUGCGACUCUUGCGGCCACUAA